AUGGCAGAGCUACCUGAGCCUGUUUCCAAUCAGUUUGUCUUGAAUACCCUGUCACUUUAUUACGGACCCCAAGUGAAGAUCAAGAUAGGAUCUCAUUUUCGCGAAUAUGUCGUCUUCAAAGACCUCCUCUGCUCAAAGUCAUCUUACUUUGCGACCAUGUUCGAUGGUCCCUUCCGCGAAGGCAAAGGGCAAAAGGCCACCUUGGAAGAAGGGGAUGGCCUAUCCGUGUGCACUUUCGAGUCAUUCAUUCAAUGGCUCUAUGCUAGAGAGAUAAAUUUCAAUGCCAAGGAUCGCAGUGAGAGAAUUUUGAACGCAAUAGAGCUGGCGAGAGUUGGUGAUAUGUGGACUGUGCCCGAGCUAGAAGCUCCUGUCGCCCAGUACAUCAAGCAGAUCAUUCUGAGCAACCGCUCCAAAGGCUCUAACUGCAAUAUUGAUUUCAUAAGCUCCGAACAUAUUGAUUCAGCUUACAUUUUACCAUCAGAGCACCCAGUACGUCAGGUAUUGGCUAAGGCGUCUGUUGAAGCCUUUAUGCUGGCUAGCAGCUUCAAAUUACUGGAUGCAGCCCUAGAGAAUCCUGAAUUUGCAGCUGAUCUCAUUCAAGAGUUUGAUGGGCCGUUUCGAAAAUUCUUCUCUCGGCUUAUGGAGAUGUGUACUUGCAAUUUUCGCUACAAGCUGUUUCGAGAUCCGUUCACAGGGAGGGUUUGGCCGGCGAAUGAUGAAGACGAUUACGACCUUUAA